CUGAGAACCGAGGAGAGAGUGUGGCGUAUUGAACUUCUCCACCCCUCUUUUCUUUUCACUCCAACACACACACAAAAAGUGGAAGAAUAUUUCUUGUUUUUUCUGUGUGUGUGUGGCUUCUGCUUGUGUCUCGCAAUAUAUCCAGGUGUUUCGGGCCAAAAGAAGAAAAGAAAAACGAAAAGCUUUUCUAGUUGAAUAACCACAUCAGAACAAGAAAGGUACAACAACAACAACACAGAGAGGAUUACAAAGUGUUUGGGGUCGAAUCAAGAACUGGACGUUUUUGGUGUUGUUUCCCCUCCUCCAGUGUGUGUGUGUAAGAGAAGGGACUCGCCUUCAUCGAUCGGGUGAAUGUCAAACCCUGUGCUGCAGUGCCAAGGAACUCGUCGCUUUUCGUUUUCACUCUGUGCUGGCCUCCGUGCCAAUAUGUAACAAAAAUAGGAAGCAAAGGAUACUUAUCUUGCUGUCAUGAAGGUGUUGUGGUUGGUGCUGUUCUCCUUCGCUCUUGGUGCCAGUCUGGCUCUUGACCUCCACCUUGAGGGGGCAGAUGCUGGAUUCUUCUUCCAGCAGAGCCUGGGCUCUUCCCAGCAGCCUCUGCUGAAAUUCCCUGCACAUUCCUACUCGUCCAAUGCUUCUUCUUCACCUGCUGAUCCCCCGCCUCUGCUCAGGGAGAGGCUGGCCGUUCUUGGAUCUUCUGCUCAGCCUGGCAGGAUCUUGGUCACCUACGGUCCAUUUGAGGCCAAGCAGAGCCUCCCAACAAAGUACCUCACCCUGCCGUUGGAGAAUGCCACUGAGGGUGGGGAGCAGGCCACCCUCAUGGAUGUAACAGCCCAUGUGGUCAACACCGAGCUGAGGAGAGAGACUCCUGUGCUGAGAGUCCUCUUCCACAGUGGGAGGCACUUUCAUUCUCCUGGCCACAUAGUGGAAGACGAUCCAGACAGGGGGGCUGCUGCCAAUCCAUCUGCUGCUGCUGCUGCUGCUGGUGAAGAAUGGGAGGACGAGCCCAACGGCCGGCUGAUGGAAACUUGCAUCGCCUUGCGAGUUCACAACCCCAACGGUGGUGCCCCGUUGACGGGCACUUGCGCCCCGCAGGGACUGGACGGCGUUUGUCUGGCCUAUCUGACGCUACCCUUCGACUGGUGGGCGUCUUCUCCCAUUUCGCCCACAUUUCCAUCGCUCAACGCCGGCAUUUUGGGGCUCCAGCAGCACCCCACCGUCACGGCCAAGCCCAGUAAAGCCGUCCGCAACGUCGUCGAGCUCAGCUACGCCGUUUACGAGACCAAGGCCGGCCAGUGCGGACACUCUGAUCCGUCAACGUCCAACGUCGGCCGGGUAGGCCAUCAGAAAUCCCAGCAGCAGCAGCAGCAACAACGGGCUUCAUCUGCCAACAGUUUCCCACCGCCAUCGGCCGUUUUGAUCCAGCCGUCGAGACCCAUCGGCUCUGUCCGUCUCCUGCCCAACGUUUACGCUCCGAGAGAUUUGCUGGUCCACGAGGAAGUCAUUUCCCUGUCUCCGACUCUCCGUUUCAUCGCCUCGGCCGCCCCACUCUACCCACACUCGUACUUUUACGUCACGGUCCUGCUGGACUCGACCACGGCCAAAGAAGAGCCCUACGCCGUCAUUGUCAGGGCCAAAGUGAAGAACGGCCUGAAAAUCAUUUCGACCCAGACGACGAAUCCCGCAUGGUCGCUGAGUUUCGAUGUCAAUGGCAAACACAUUGCCGCCGCUGUCUCGGCCGUCCGCAACUUUUCCGUCUCGACCCAACCUCAUCAGCCAAGUCAGGAACUGUUUACAUGGCUUCUGGCCGUCAACGUCGACCAUCACCGCGAUAGCUCCGAACUGGGCGACGGCGUCCGGGCCCUUUGGAGUUGGACCAUACGGACGCACUCGGCCUCGCCGCCUCUGCCCUCCUCCAUCUCCGGCCAUCACCACCACACCAACAACAACAACAAAGAAGGCCAGCUGGACGAAGUCAAGGGCAAACUCACCAGCCGAUUCGAAGUGCUGAAAGACGAGGUCCAGUCCGUCUUUCCCAUCAUCAAGCGCCGGGAUUUGGUCAACACGGCCAUUUUGACUUCACGGCAAGUCUCGGAGCCGCUCCGUAUCUUUAUGGUGACGCAGGCCGGUAAAGUGGCCGACGUGACUUUACAGGCGACGUGCUCUUCCGCCGACGAAAGUGUCCUCAAGGUGUCGUCGUCAUGCACGUCCGUCUACCUGGACGGAUCGGAGGUUCGCGGCUCGACCAACGCCACCCUGGUGGCCCGUUAUGGUAAUGUGGAAAGCACUAGCUCGUUGACGGUCUGGGUGCCUGAAAUGCCGCUGGACAUUCAAUUGGACGAUGUCAAACUCAAUCAAAUCAGCGGAUGGAAAGUCAUGGCGGCCAGUGCCGCCAACGGCGGAUCCGCCAACCAGUGCCGAUUGCGCUAUCAACAAUCUUCCUUCGAGGUUUUCGCCCGUUUCUACGCCGAGGAUCACGAUUCCGGACGCGUUUCCUAUCUGAUAUCGCGCAAAACGUAUCUGCUCAUCACGGAUUUGGUGCGCAAAGUGAUGCGCGUGGCCGAUCCUCGAGUGGCCUCGCUCAAGAUGACGAGCGGCUUCAUCGAGGGACUCAAGCCGGGCAAAACGGAGGUCCAGGUCCUGUCGCCCAUGUCGGGCCACGUGAUCGCCGCCCGGGAGCUGCGCGUCCUGGCCGACAAGGUGGACGUGUCGAGCCUGUCGGUGCGGCUCAUCGCCGGCCUCUCGCUGAGCCUGUCGCCCGAUCCCGACCUGGACUCUUGUUUCGUGGCCCAAGUGGAGGCCAGCGACCGUCUGCACUCGCGUUACCAGGAGGCCAUUUUGGAUCUGACGGUGCACUUUAGCGACGGGAGCGCCUCGCCGCUGCGGUUGACUGACCGCUCCCAUUAUAACUUGGUGGUCGAAUCUCACAACACGUCCAUUUUGGCGCUGACGUCACCUGCCCGCGCCAACAUUCCCAGGGUCUUGGCUCUGGGCGAGGGACGCGCCACUCUGUCGGUGACUUUCUCGUCGGCUUGCACGACCACCACCGCCAGCCAAAUAGGCGGCGACGGAAUAGGCGAUGCAAGUCAUUCUCAUCGCCAAGGACCCGCCCAUCCGUUAGCGACGACAAUGGCCGUGAUUCAACUAGCGCUGACGGGGCAUCCAGCCACCAGCGUCCAGAAUGACGCACGGACCGAAUCCAGCGGUCAGCUUUACACGUUACCUCAAGGUGGUCAUGGCAACGGCAAUCAAAUCAUUGGCGAUUCAAGACGAAACGGAGGAGGCGGAGGAGGGAAAAUGGCCUCAGCAUCAGCAGCGGCAUCGGCGGCAACCGGCCGCUUAGCUCAACCCAAUCAAGGCCAACUGACAUUUUCCAAGCCGGGAUCGAUCGAAUUCGGUGUCAAUGAGAAUCAACUGUCGCUAAAGGACGACAGUAACGCGGUGAUGAUGUCCAACGCCGGACGGGAGUUGCAUCAGCAUCCGGCCUAUCCGUCGCACUACCCUGGCGGGUUCGGCAGUUUCUCAUCGUCGAGCUUCCAGCACAUGGGCCCGCUGGAGAUUGGCAUGUACGUCCUAUUAGCCAUUUUCUGCGCCGCCAUUGUCGUUUUUGUCGGGACGUGUAUCGUUUACGCUUCGAGGGCUCGCAAAGGUCUGAUCCCGACGGACGACAGCGACCAGCAGCACAUCGAUCGCCAAGCGCCGACGACGACGACGAUCGAUCCGUGGCCGUCCCUCUGGAACCGACUCAAGAAGAUGAACCCCAAAGGGGGCGGAGGAGGUAGUGACGAGCAGAGAGGCCGAGGAAUUGCUGGAGAGGAAAAUGAAGACGAGGAAGAAGGGACGGACAAGGGAUGGAUUUGGCUCGGCCGCUCGACACUGGACCCUGAAGUCCCCCGGCGACAGACGAGGCCAUUAUCGACGACGGGAGCCGGAGCAAGACCCGUUUCGUCCAACGCGACGGGCGCCGAUGUCAGCGCCAAUCGAUUGAGCGGCAUCUCCUACACUGGAUCGGAGGUGAGCGUCCGGAUUGUUGGCAGACCCAGCGGUCAAGAUGGAGGCCGGCUCUCUUAUAAAGCCCAGCUUUGCUUUGAGCCGUUAAAAGACGCGGCCGAUGAUGAUGACGACGAUAUCGAUCACGACUCUCAUCAUCCAAACAGCUGGCCUGGCUCGGUCGAUUCAAAGACUUUCACCAAGGCCAGCAAUUCGAGUCAACAACAACAGGAGCUGCUACAUCAUCAUCCUGGGGCACUGCGGAUCAUCACUAAUCAGCUGGCCGCUGCCGAGGAGCCGCUCCUGUUAUCCGACGUUGUCCGUCGGCCAAGCAACAAUCGACGGGCGGCCAGACGCGCCAGCGAACAAGACACUCGACGCUACGCCCGCUCCUGGCUCAUGGCCGGCGAGGCCGUUCCUCGCGAUUUCAAUUCGAAUCCAUCCAUCCUCAUGGAUUCCUCCGAUGCGGAAGAAGAAGAUGAGGAAGAAGAAAUUCAGGAUCUCGGCUGUCACGUCCCCGACGCUUUUCCCAACACCAAAAAGAAUUUGAAAUUGGAUCUGAGUGGCAUCGACAAGAAGACGGACAGCGAGUACAACGUGGCCACGUUCCUGCGUCACGGAAGCCCGGAUAUCAAACAAGCCAACAUCAUUGAGAAUCCGCGCUUCUCCCCCACGGCGGUGUCGACAUCCGUCGAGGUCGAGGACGACGCCGAACACUCGGCCGUCGGCGGCGAAUCCGUAGAAUCUCAUCCGUCGGCCGCAUCCGCACUGGACGUCGACUACGACCGGAUCAUCUCUUAUUUGGGAAUACUCAAAGAAACGAGCACUUGAAUUUUUUUUUAAAACAAAAUUGAAUUUUGUUGAAUGAAAAUAAACAACAACGGAAAUCUCUUCGUCCUCCCACUGGCAGAGUUCAACAGACUAACAACGCGUGUCGUGUUACGUGCGUGAGUAGGAAAUCACGCUUAACGGCUAUCGUUUCGUGACGGAGAAAGAGAAAAGAAUCAUUUGAAAACCACAAAAAAAUGAAAUAAUUUGGAAUUUGAAUUUCGGGAGGGGGAAAACAAAGUUUCUAGUCAAACAUGUAAAACUUCUCUUUUCUGUUUUUUUGUUUUUUUGAAAUUACGCGCCAUUUUUAUCUACCCUCACGCCUGUGUACCACCACUACCAAUGUAUUUGUAACCCUCUCUCAAACAAAAGCAGCUAUAGCCUGAAAUCUUUUUUUUUUUUUUUCUAGUUUUUGGUUUUUCUUCUUAUGUAACGAUGGAUAAUUCCUACACACACAAUGCACGCUGGUCCAUCCCUUUUAUACAUAAAUAUUUCCCCCCCCCCAAUGCAUUUCUUUCUCCCUUUUUGUUCUGAGAUUAAAAAAACCUUUGUAAUACGUUGUGUGCUAUUAUUAACUCCUCCUCCAUACGAUGCUUCUUAUCGCCCCACCCACCAGAAAAAAAAUUGUUGUUUUUUUUUUAUUAUUAUGGAUUAUUAUUGAGAAAUUCGAAUCGAUAUCAAAGUAAGGGAGGAAUAUUAUUAUUCUUCCCUGUUUUUUUCGUUUUGUUUUUUAAUUUUUGUUUUCUUUCGAAUUUUCCCAAUAUUUCUCGGGCUUCUCCUCAUUGAGCCGUUUCAAAGAUCGCGCGUGUUUUGUUUUUUUUGUGUGUGAUGUGUGUAUAACAAAUUGUCAAUUUUUAGCACCACUCUGCGCCCCCGUUUAGCAUCUCGAAACAACAACAACUAAAAAAACAACAACAAAUAACGUGUGUCUGAUUGUUUGUUUGUAUGUGUGUAUUAUUAUCCAACCAAAACCAGAAAAAUUCCUCGAUCGAACAAGUUAUGUUUAGUUAGUAAUUACACCGCCCACCUUUUCCCACGUAAUCCUUCAAACAAAACAUCAACAACAACAAUAUGGGAAGGGGGAAACGGAAAUUAUGUAUUCAUUCGCUGUUGCUUUCGUAUAUAUUUAUCACACCCAACAAAUAAUCAACUGACGGAUUGAAUUUUAAGUUUUUUGUCAAAAAAAAAAAAACCUGUGCACAUUAUAUUGACAUUUCCUCUUCUUUUUUUAAAAAAUAAUUUUGUCCUCCACUAUAUCUCCCGCGCGCCAUUCGGUCGAACACUCAAUACACGCAUAUUUGCCAAUCGA